AUGAGUGGGAUGGGAGAAAACACCCCUGACCCAUCCAGGGCAGAGACGCGGAAGCGCAAGGAAUGUCCUGACCAGCUCGGACCCAGCCCCAAAAGGAGCACGGAGAAACGUAACCGUGAACAGGAAAACAAAUAUAUCGAAGAACUUGCAGAGCUGAUUUUUGCUAAUUUUAACGACAUAGACAACUUUAAUUUCAAACCUGACAAAUGUGCCAUUUUAAAAGAAACUGUGAAGCAAAUUAGUCAAAGAACAAGGAGCCGGCGGCCAGCGGAU